AGCCGCGGCGGCGGGGCGGGGCGGGGCCGCGAACUCUGACCCCCGGCUCGGGAGCCGCCGCCGCCAAAUAAAGCCGCCGGAGCGCCGCCGGGCCCCGCAGGUUCUGAAAAAUGAAGGCAAGAAUCCUAAGUCUGAUGUGAAAAAGGGAACCCGGUAGAGCAAUGAAGCAGUAAUUGCAAUAUUCAGCUAUUGACUCACUAGUUGAAUCGUUGCUUGCAGGGAUCUCUAAAGAGUGAUUGUGCACACCUGAUGUGAAGUAUAACAUAGGUACCUUAGAUCACACUGAUUACAAAGGAUGUUUGCAGUGGAGGAGGUUGUACACCAAUGUGAGCCAUAGCUUGGCUUAUGUCACAUCAGUCCCUCAGUCCAAAAUUCAGUUUCCGUUCUGAAGAGCUGUGAUACAUAAUCAAGGACAUCAGUGCAACUCCUGACGAAGUACUCCUAGCUCUCAUCCCACCUAUAAUACACAGAUGGGCAAGCAAUGGCUUUGAAUGGCAAAAUGUCAACAUAAAAAUGUUAACAGCUAAUAAACCAUUCUUCUUGCUCAAGUGACACGUUUUCUAAAAGGACAAGUUCAAGAGGAUGAUGGUUGCAUCAAAAGAGGCUUCAAAUUGUUGAGUUCUUAUAAGUGCAUGAAAAUGCAGAAAAACUCAAUAUACUUUACCAAUGCAUAAAUUAUAGUUCCUUUCAUCUUGCUCACAAGAGAGGGAUCCUGUUACAGACAGGUGUUAGCCCCAGUACAGAAUUCUGUCAUAACUGGUGCAAAUUCUCGCCAUGCUGUUGUGGCAUGUAUUUCAUUUUAAAUAAUUCCUGCACAUUGGACUUUUUGGACACAUUGGACUGUGAGAAAUUUCAGACUCGAGUUCAUGGAAGAACUCCAGUUUAUGGUUUACUCAGGAGUCUGCCCUGUGAGUGCUUCAGCAAACUUUAUGGAAGUCGAUGGAGGAAGCAAUCAUAAUUUAAAAAUAACAAGUUCAUCCAUAGGAUCGAAAAAUAAAAACUCCGAGGCUCAUCUCACAACAGUUUAUAGAGCUGUGGGAAAAUAUGGGGGACUUCGGAUGGCUUAAGUGGAUGUAAAUUCUCUUGCUGUGGAAAACGGUGACCCUACAAUUUCACUCCACCACUGGUGCAGGAGUAGCAUUUGUAUGGAAAUUCUGGUGAUUAAAGAUCAUGGCAACCAUAGAGGAACUGGCCCAUCAAAUUAUUGAGCAGCAAAUGGGAGAGAUUACCCAUUCCCAAGGAGCUGUUACACAAACACUAAUGGAUGGGACAGCACAACGAAUACAGAUCGUACCUUCAGAUUCAGGCCUCUCUUUACCACAGCGUAUACAGAUUGUCACAGAUCAGCAGACGGGCCAGAAGAUUCAGAUUGUUACAGCACUUGAUCAGAGCUCAGCAGGCAAGCAGUUCAUCUUAACAAAUCAUGAUGGCUCUACCCCAAGCAAGGUGAUCCUUGCCAGACAAGAUUCCACUCCAGGAAAAGUAAUCCUAGCAACUCCAGAUGCUGCAGGUGUCAACCAACUGUUUUUUGCAUCCCCUGAUAUAUCUGCACAACACAUCCAGAUUUUAACAGACAACUCUCCCAAUGAACAGGCCCUAAAUAAAGUGUUUGAUCUGUGUGUUGUAUGUGGAGACAAGGCAUCAGGGCGUCACUAUGGAGCGGUAACUUGUGAGGGAUGUAAAGGAUUCUUUAAAAGGAGUAUACGCAAGAAUUUGGUUUAUUCAUGUCGAGGAACAAAAGACUGUGUUAUCAACAAACACCACCGGAAUCGAUGUCAGUACUGUAGGCUGCAGAGAUGCAUAGCAUUUGGAAUGAAACAAGAUUCUGUGCAGUGUGAGAGGAAACCUAUUGAAGUGUCAAGAGAGAAGUCUUCAAACUGUGCAGCUUCUACAGAAAAGAUCUACAUUCGGAAAGAUCUUCGCAGUCCAUUAGCUGCAACUCCAACUUUUGUAACAGACAAUGAAACAGCAAGGUCGACAGGUCUGCUGGAAUCAGGAAUGUUUGUUAACAUUCAUCAGUCUGGGAUAAAAAGCGAGCCUACUGUUUUGAUGACUCCAGAUAAGGUUGAAGCCUGUCAGGGAGAUUUAAGUACACUGGCAAAUGUGGUGACAUCACUAGCAAACCUCGGUAAAUCCAAAGACAUGUCACAAAGCAGUACAGAGCUAUCUAUGAUUGAGAGUUUAAGUAAUGGAGAUGCGUCAUUAUCUGAACUCCAGCAAGAAGAACAAGCUAGUAGUGAUGUUACAAGGGCAUUUGAUACCCUUGCAAAAGCAUUAAAUCCAGGAGAGAGUGCAGCGUGCCAGAACUCUGACAGCGUUGAAGGCAGCGUCCAGCUGAUCGGGGGAGAAACAAGCAUGAAUAUCGUUGAAAUAGAGGGCCCACUGCUCAGUGAUGCCCAUGUAGCAUUCAGGCUCACCAUGCCUUCUCCUAUGCCUGAAUAUCUUAAUGUUCACUAUAUCUGCGAGUCUGCUUCCAGGUUGCUGUUCUUGUCCAUGCACUGGGCACGUUCCAUUCCGUGUUUCCAAGCUUUAGGACAGGAUAACAGCAUAUCAUUAGUAAAAGCCUGCUGGAACGAACUUUUUACGCUUGGUCUUGCACAAUGUUCACAAGUUAUGAACGUGGCAACUAUGUUAACUGCAUUUGUUAAUCACCUUCAUAGCAGUUUACAGCAAGAUAAGCUGCCAACAGACAGAGGAAAACUAGUAAUGGAGCAUAUCUUCAAAUUGCAAGAGUUCUGUAACAGUAUGGUUAAGCUUUGCCUGGAUGGAUAUGAAUAUGCAUAUUUGAAAGCAAUCGUACUCUUCAGUCCUGAUCACCCAGGUCUAGAAAAUGUGGUACAGAUAGAGAAAUUUCAAGAAAAGGCUUACAUGGAGUUCCAAGACUAUGUAACAAAAGCAUAUCCAGAUGAUACUUACAGACUGUCUAGACUCCUUCUCCGAUUGCCUGCUCUUAGGCUGAUGAGUGCUGCCAUCACCGAGGAGCUGUUCUUUGCAGGACUAAUUGGAAACGUUCAGAUUGAUAGCAUCAUCCCAUAUAUCCUGCGAAUGGAGACAGCGGACUAUAACACUCAAAUAAUUGGUCAUGCCGUAUAAAAGUAGCAAUCAAGGAUUCUGCACCAUGGCAGUCAUGGUGAUGUAAAUGCAUACCCUGUCUCCAAGAGAUGGCAAUAAGCCUUCACAUGCACCUAUCUAAAGAAGGCUAAUAUUCCUCCUUUCCAGUACACUUGGGAAAUGUGGUGGAGUGUCUGAAGGAAUAUAGGAUCGCUUCCUAUUUUUCAUCUGAUCUUCAAGGAAUUGUAAAUUAACUUGAUAUCUGAAGAAAGUCAAGAAUUGUCCAUCCUAUUUUUGUAGAUAGAUGAACUUGGAAUAUUUGUUUAUGAAGUCCAGGCUUGUGAAGAAAUUGAAGAAGCUUUGACUGAACUAAGGUAUCUCAACUUAGUUUGAUGUUUUAGGCAAAUAAAUUAACUUUCCUCUCUGA